CUCCCCCAUUGGUUCGUCGGUGCUUCGGCUUCGGCUGGCCUCCGACCGAUUGCCCCUUCGCGGAGUCGCCGAUCUUUGUGCCCUUCGCGGGGGCUGCUGUUGCAUCUGUGGACUCUUGGGAGCUCAUGCUGCUCGGCGACCCGAUCCUUGUUAUCGCCCCGACGCCGACGCUUUGCUCGCGAGGCGCGUGGCUGCCCUCGUCGCAUUGUUAGCCCCCUCAACGUGGCUGUCGACUUAGGCCUUAUUUCACUAUCCACGACCCCGAUUUUGCACGACUGAACUCCAUUCCGAAAGGCCACCCGUUUCCCCCGAUGGUCCUCGGUGUCACCAAUCUCUUCUUCUUGAAAUCGCUCGCCGCCGUCCCGCAUGUGGUUUCGGUCGGAGCGCCGCCACCGCAGAAUGCGGGUGCGCCUGCGGCAGUGCAGACGAGGUUCUCUCCUGGUGGGUUCUUGAAUAAGGUGAGGAUGAAGAGGGAAGGGCCACUGUGCUUGAUGACACAGCAUAAAGAGGCGAUUUUUAGCGGGUAUGUGCCCGUGACGAAGCCUGACACUGGGGUUCUUAAUAGGUUGGUGGACGCUGGGACGGCGCAGAGGAUUGAGGAGUCUAUGGCUGUUGUGAAUAACGAUAUAUUGAGACGGCAUUUUGUGGAGCUUACGACGAAUUUUCUUGCUCCUUUUGGGCCUUAUUUGAGGGCUUCCGCUCCUUUGGAAGGGAGUUCUCCUUUUGUUGAGCCGACACAGUUGCCUCAGUUUCGGGUUGAUGAGUUUCUUAAUGGCCUUGCAGAGAGAGGGCCCGGGAAGUUCUUGGCUAAGAGGAUGAAGUCCAAUUGGCUUGAUUUGUAUAGACGGUUUUUGGAAGGGAAGAAUUUCAUGUCAUGGUUCCAGAGCAGGCGAGCUGCUGCGGAGCAAGAACAGAGGAAACUGUAUAGGCAGGCUCGAAUCAACUGUGAUAUACAGAAGCUUAUAUCAAGAAUGUCUGAGGUGGAGAUUGUUGAUUCCUUUAAUGCUAUCGAGCGGCAUUUGCUUGCAGAGAUACAGCAGUUCAAAGGUGGGAAUGCAGACUCCUCAGCAGCAUGCCAGAAACUGAAGGGAGAUCUGCAGGCGGUAUUCAAUGUGCUUCCUAAAGACAUGCAGCAGCUUUUGCUCUUCAAUCCUAAGAGAGCUUCUCUCAUUCAGGGCAAAAUCAGCCUCGGCGAGCAGUCCACAAAACUCCCAGGCCAUAUUAUAAUUUCUGAAAGUCCGAGGACGCCAGGAACACCAUCACCAUUUCUCCGGACAUAAAACUCAGUACAUUUUUUUCUCUUCUGCGAAAGAUUGGUUUUGGUUCUGUUACCAGAUGCAAGCCUCUUUUUUCAUGCUGUGCUUCUCGUGUUAGCAGUAAUCAAUCAACAUGGUGGCCGUCGACCAAGAGUGAGAUUUAUUCAAUUAUCGAUUGCCCAGGUCUCAAUGAUUUAGAGUGGGGGCGCAAAAUGACAGCCUCCAUUGUACGAUAUGUUUUAUUGUACUGUAUGUUGAAAUCUUCGGGCAGAAAUUAAUUUAUCUAAUGCUUCUUAGUUUGUUGAAGACAAGAUAAGAUGCAAACUUCCUGUUAACCAAGAGGGGAGAUUAGCAGUUUGUUGUUUAUUCUCUCUCGUGUAUGUACCUCAAGUGGGCACAUAAUAUAUGAAGGAAGCAUGAUGAUGGUAUGUUUUUCUC